CACGAGCGCAUCAACAUGGACUUCGACAAGCGCGCCGCCGCCAUCAAGAAACUACAUGAAGAGACAAGGGCAACCAUACAAGAACAUGUUCUUCGUCAAGCCAACCGCCUCAAUGCCAAGAAGAAGGCAAGGAUAUUCGAAGAAGGAGACCUCGUUUGGAUCCACCUCCGAAAGGAAAGGUUCCCUCAUGAGCGCAACUCCAAGCUCAAGCCAAGAGGAGAUGGCCCCUUCAAGGUCCUCAAGCGCAUCAACGACAACGCUUACGUCAUCGACAUACCAACAUCCAAGUACUUGGUGAGCAACACGUUCAACGUCUCGGACUUGUCACCCUAUCAUGGAGAUGAGGAGGUGCAAGAGUCGAGGACGACUCUUUCCCAAGGGGGGGGAGAUGAUGUAGCCCCGGUCACCGACGUCGCUACACCAAGACCAACAAGUCCCCCAAGUGGACCGAUGACACGAGCCCGAGUUAAAGCGCUACACGAUAAGGUGAACUCUAUCCUCGCUACUCUUGACCUUGAUACACCGUUGGACGGAAUGCUACCUCAUGCCGACACUCUGUGUGUUAUUAGGUACAAGGAUCAUCAAGGAUACGAGGAACAGGAGGCACCAUUCAUCAAGGAAGAAGAAGCUAAAGCCAAUGGACUAAAGGAAGAAGAAAGAAAGAAGGAAGAAGAAGAAAGGAAGAAAAAGGAACAAGAAAAAGAGAAGAGAGUGGAGCCUCCAGGGAAGAGGAGGCCGGAGCCUCCAGGCAAAGAGGGGCCGGAGCCUCCACCCCUGGCCGCGCGCGUGGAGGGAAGACCGGUAGUACCGGCCCCUCCUGGCCGGUACUACCGGCGGGCACUGAGCGGAGCCUCCAAGGGCGCCCGCGGGGAUGAUGAGGAGGCCGGUACCUCCGGCCAUGGUACCGGCCGGGGUACCGCUCGCGCGCCCAGGCCCCCGGCAUACUUUGCCUCGAAUUGA